UGAAAACCGAUAAGUCACGCUAUGUGCGACAAAUUGUACGCGUCAAUCGGCUUGUGUAACCUUGAAUUGCUAAGAACACCGUCGAGCAAGCGUUCUGUCCAUCUAAUUACCAUUUCAAAUUUUCUGCAAGUAUUCGCCGCCGAAGGUUACGUUCCCCGACUGCAACAGAGUGGUGCAGUUUUCUACACCGCUUCAAACCGUCCACAAGUUGUUGGGUUGCCUUUGAACUUGAAACUGGUAGCGAUGAUGGAUCCGAACGGGAUGACUCUGUGGGAGGAAGAGCCGGAACUGCACAGUCCCGUGGCCGACUAUUACCGUGACAAGGUUGUUCUGCUGACCGGUGCCACGGGAUUCCUGGGUAAGCUCUACACAUGCAAGCUGUUUCGUUGCGGAGUCAAGGAAUUAAUUGUCAUUGUGAGGGAGAAGAAGGGACUGUCACCGAAGGAACGAAUGGAGAAGGUCAUGGAAAAAGAAAGGAUUUUCAAGGUUCAUGGGUUUCAGAAGGAAGAUUAUUUGAAGAAAAUUACUGUGAUCGAUGGAGAUAUGGAACUUCCACGUGUUGGACUUAGCGAGGAAGACUUGGAAUAUGUGAAGGAGAGAACGGAAAUUGUGCUGCACGCAGCAGCAGAUGUCAGAUUUGAUGAAGCGUUGAACAAAAUAAUCAUAACAAACGUCCAAGGCACUUUGGAAAUUCUAAACCUUUGCGUCAGCAUGAGGAAAAUGGAGCUUUUAAUUUACAUAUCGACGGCAUAUGCUAACUGUGUCAAUAUGACAGUAUACGAACAAUUCUACGAACCUCCUAUGGAUCCGUUGAAGAUGAUGGAGCUAAUGAAGACUGUGGACGACGAGCAAAGUGAAAUUCUUACUCAGAUGAUUAUUCAACCAUGGCCCAAUACCUACACCUAUGCGAAGAAUCUGGCAGAACAAUUGGUAAAGAUGUACUUCGACAAAAUAAACAUCGUUAUUGUUCGGCCAUCUGUUGUGGCCUCUACGAUGGAAGAUCCGAUACAAGGAUGGACCGAUAACUUGUAUGGUCUGAAUGGGGUCAUCGUUGGUGCUGGGUGUGGAAUAUUACGGGUUCUCAAUGCGGCGGACCACAAAAGGGUGGAUGUUAUUCCGGCAGACUAUGUUAUCAAUGGUACACUGGUCGCUGCCCAUCGGGCAGCCGAAGAUUAUCGACACAACGCUCCUUCGACGGAGCCAGACAAGGUUCACAUCUACCAUGUGGCAAGCGGUGUUGAUAACCCUCUGACCAAUGGAAUGAUUCAAAAAUUGACAAAGACCAUUGGCGCCGAUAAUCCUCCACUGCGAUCACUUUGGAUCGGUUCAUAUGUGAGCAAUGAGUCUCCAACGGUUAAUAUGAUUUUGGCUAUUUUAUUGCAUUUCAUCCCGGGAAUGAUCAUAGAUGCGUUGCUAAACUUUAAAGGCAAAAAACCGCGACUCAUGAAAAUCUACCGAAAAGUACGGAAGUUCACCAAAACGUUAGAGUUCUUUUCGACCCAAGAGUUUACGUUCGUGAAUGACAAAAUGCGACAAAUUAUCAAAACAAUGACGCCAGGUGAUAAGAAGCACUUCCAGUGUGACAUGAGAACGAUUACAUGGGAAGAUUACUUCAACAUCUACUAUCCGGGACUGAAGAUGUACCUACUGAAAGAGGGUACGGAAACUUGGGAAGCGGCCAAACAGCGAUACGACCGACUGGAUAUGAUCACGAUUUAUAGUGCCAAAGCUGCAGUGGUGUUUGGUAUCUACUGGAUUAUUUGCUAUGUGCUUAAUUUAUAUUUCCCCGCUUUAGUGAAUUAAAAUAAAAUAUUAAUUACGUUAUGUCGAUUCCUAGCUUGUAAGAAAAAAUUUAGCAUUGCAAAAAAUGUUAUCAUAAUGAAGUAAAAUUUUGUUUGAAUUUUACUAACGGUUAUAAAAUAGUAGUUUGUGCAACAAAUUGCAAAAAGAUCGAGUUUUGCAACGAGUUGCACACGCUAUUUUUUGCAAUGACGAAAAUGGACUUUAAUUGAAUAAAUCUGUACCAAAAUUGUACAGUCUAAUUUACUCCACAUGAUCAUUCUUGCCAAUAAAUUAUGUUGAUGCGGAGAACAAACAGAUUUC